AUGGGUUGGAUUUUAGUGUUAUACUUUAUCAUCUUCCAAUCUUUGCUUCUUCAUUUUUCUUCAUAUAAUUGCUUGUCGUGCAAUCCUGAUGACAAAUCUGUUCUGUUGCAAUUCAAAAAUUCAGUUGCUGUUGUGGAACUAUCAACUUCGUUUGAUACUUGUGGCUCGAAUUCUCAAAAAACAGCAUCUUGGAACAAUGAAACAGAUUGUUGCGGGUGGGAUGGUGUCAUAUGUGACUCUGAGUUAGGUCAUGUGAUUGGCCUCGACCUUUCCUGCAGUCCUCUAAAAGGUGAGCUACUUGGUCUCAAUAGUUCCAUUUUCAAGCUAAGCUACCUUCAAAUGCUUAACCUACUUUCUGGUGAUUUAUAUCCAUCUCCAAUACACACUGCAAUUGGUGAUCUUUUGAGCCUCACUGAUUUAACAUUAUAUUACCUUAGAAUUAGUGGUGAUGUUCCCUCCACAAUCUCUCACUUGUCAAAAUUAGAACAUCUUGAUCUCACUGUAGAAUCUCUUGAUUCUACACCGAGACUUGAUUCAUACACUUGGAACAAACUCAUUCACAACGCCACUAAUUUAAAAAAAAUUUCUUUACGUGGAAUGGACAUGUCUUCCGUGGGAGAGAACUCUUUGUCAUUGUUAACCAAUCUGUCGUCCUCUUUGCUUUCUCUCCGUUUCACGGAUACCAAACUCCAAGGGAAAUGGCCAACUGACAUCCUCCGUUUACCCAAUCUCCAAGACAUGAGUAUCUUAACUAAUGAAAACCUGACAGGUGAACUUCCAAACUCCAACUGGACUACUCCAUUAAGAUCCUUGUUUAUUUAUCAAACUAAUUUCUCAGGAAACAUUCCUGAUUCCAUAGCCCACUUGAAGUCUCUUGUCCAACUAUCCCUUUUUGAAAGCAAUUUUGAUGGAUUUAUUCCACCAUCAAUGUUUGAUCUUACUCACCUUACUCUCUUACAUUUAUCAGAUAAUAAAUUAGUUGGGUCAAUCCCUGAGUUCUCAACUAAUUCUUUGCAGUAUUUGAGACUUUCUAACAAUAAACUGAUGGGCAAUUUUCCAAAUUUCUCUGCACUGUUUUUGAAAGAAUUAGAUAUUUCUCAUAACAUAAUUCAUGGAAGGUUUCCCAAAAGGUUUCAGGAGAACCUCUUCUUCUGGAAUGAAAUUAGUUACAUUGAUCUCAGUUUCAAUAAGUUGCAAGGAGAUCUUUCGAUUCUACCAAAUGGCAUUGGAUACUUUUCAGUGUCAAAUAAUGAACUGAGUGGGGACAUUUCUUUAGCAUUGUGCAAUGCAACAAUGCUUUAUGUAAUCAAAUUGGCUCACAACAACUUCACAGGCCUUAUUCCACAAUGCUUGGGAACAUUUCCUUCUCUUAGGGCGUUGGAUUUGCAAGACAACAACCUUUACGGUAGCAUACCUGAUAGCUUUUAUGAAGGAAAUGCCUUUCAAACUCUAAAGUUGAAUGGAAAUCACUUGAAGGGACUGUUACCACGGUCUUUGGCUCACUGUAAAAGCCUUGAAGUUUUGGACCUUGGAAACAAUAACAUAGAGGAUAAAUUUCCCUCUUGGUUAGAAACUUUGCCAACUUUACAGGUACUCAGUUUGCAGUCAAAUAAAUUUUAUGGUGUCAUCAAUUCUAUCGGCACCAAACUUUCAUUUCCCAGGCUGAGGAUUUUUGACAUCUCCAAUAACCACUUUACCGGACCCUUGCCAACAUCAUAUAUCAUCAACUUUCAAGAAAUGAUGAAUGUGGAUCAGAGCCGAACUGGUUCGAAAUAUUUGGGCAACCGUCGUACAUAUAAUGAUUCGAUAGUGUUGGUGACUAAAGGGGUUCACGGGGAAUUCACGAGGAUAUUUACUACUUUGAUAGUCAUUGAUUUAUCGAAUAAUAUGUUUGAAGGAGAAUUUCCAAAAGCCAUUGGAGAGUUGAAGUCUCUCAAUGGGCUUAACAUUUCACACAAUAAAAUCACUGGUACCAUUCCACUGUCAUUGGGUAAUUUAACAAAGUUGGAGUGGUUGGACCUCUCAUGGAACCAAUUGAAGGGUGAGAUUCCCAUUCUACCAAAUGGCAUUCAAUACUUUUUAGUCUCAAAUAAUGAACUUAGUGGGGACAUUUCUUCAGCACUGUGCAACGCAAAGACCCUUUAUGUAAUCAACUUGGCUCACAACAACUUGACUGGACUUAUUCCACAAUGCUUGGGAAGAUUUCAUUUCCUUUGGGCUUUGGAUUUGCAAAGGAACAACCUUUAUGGUAGCCUACCUCUUGUAUUUUCCAAAAGAAAUGCAUUUGAGACCAUAAAGUUAAAUGGAAAUCACUUGAAGGGACCGUUACCACAGACUUUGAACCAUUGUACAAAGCUUGAUGUUUUGGACCUUGGAAACAAUGACAUAGAGGAUUCAUUUCCCGAUUGGUUAGAAACUUUGCCAACUUUACAGGUACUCAGUUUGAAGUCAAAUAAAUUUCAUGAUAACAUCACUUCUUUGAGCACCAAACUUUCAUUUCCCAGGUUGAGGAUUUUUGACAUCUCCAAUAACUACUUUAUCGGACCCUUGCCAACAUCAUAUAUCGUCAACUUUCAAGAAAUGAUGAAUGUGAAUCACAGCCAAACUGGUUCGACAUAUUUGGGCAACCUUCGUACAUAUAAUGAUUCAAUAGUGCUGGUGAUGAAAGGGUUACAGAGGGAACUCACGAGGAUAUUGAAUACUUGGAUAGUCAUUGAUUUAUCGAAUAAUAUGUUUGAAGGAGAAGUUCCAAAAGCCAUUGGAGAGUUGAAGUCUCUCAAUGGGCUUAACCUUUCACACAAUAAUGUCACUGGUACCAUUCCACUGUCAUUGGGUAAUUUAAGAAAUUUGGAAUGGUUGGACCUCUCAUGGAACCAACUGAAGGGUGAGAUUCCCAUGACUCUGACAAAUUUAAAUUUUCUUUCUGUCUUGAACCUUUCAAAAAAUCAAUUGGAGGGAGUGAUACCUACCGGUGGACAGUUUAACACAUUUGAUAAUAUCUCCUAUGUUGGAAAUCCAAUGUUGUGUGGAUUCCCUUUGUCAAGAUCUUGCAAAGGGAAUAAAGAAAGGUCAGAAGGUUCAACAUUUGAUGAAGAAGAAUCAGGAUUUGGGUGGAAAGCCGUUGUAGUGGGAUAUGCAUGUGGGAUAAUCUUUGGAAUAAUAUUGGGUUAUAAUGUAUUUUUUGCUGGAAAACCACAAUGGCUUGCAAGACUCGUUGAAGUUAUGUUUUAUGUGAGACUGCCCAGAACAAACAAUAGAAAGCGGGUAAUUCGUUUGGGAAGAAAUUAG